AGUCCUCAUUUAUCCUAUCCUCGAUGCUAUCAACGAUUUCUAGCAGUCUCGCAGCUCGUGCUCUUCCAUCAGCAGCAGUGUCUCUCGGUAGUGUUGCCUCUCAGAGGUUCUAUCAUGAGAAUGUGAGAGAGCACUUCUAUCACCCGAGGAACGUUGGAAAGCUCGACAAGAAGGAUCCCAAUGUCGGUACCGCAGUAGUUGGUAAGGCUUCGUGCGGAGAUGUUGUUCAACUCCAAGUCAAGAUCGAGGAUGGCAACGUGAAGGAUGCUAAAUUCAAGACCUUCGGUUGUGGGAGCGCUAUUGCUAGCAGUAGUUUGGCUACUGAAAUGAUCAAGGGCAAAUCUAAGGAGGAAGCUGCCCAGUUGAAGAACACCGACAUCUCGGGUUAUCUGAAGCUACCUCCAGUGAAGAUUCAUUGUUCACUUCUAGUCGAGGAGGCUGUGCAAAAGGCACUUGACGAUUAUGAGAAAAAGCAGGCUAAGCUGAGCGACAGUACCUCCGAAGCACAACUUGCUUGAAUAGGAUCAUCGGCAAAAUGCCGGCCUAUUGUACACUGUUGCUUUUUUAGUCAGUAAGGCUCUUCUUGUCAUUGAAUGCACAUACUGUUCGAU